AUGAACUCAGAAAACAUUAUUGGACCUGAGUAUGUAGGCAGGAUCACCUUCUUCCCAUCUACUGCGUCUUUGGAGCUCAGGAGUCUCACUCUGAAUGACACUGGAGAAUACAAUGUUAACAUUAUACAAGAUGGACAAAUCCUGAAUGACCGUACUACUCUGUUGAUAUACGGUGAGCAGAUCUCUGAGGUUACAGCAAGUGACAGAGUUCAGCUCACUGAUGGAGGCUCCAAUCUGACUAUAAUCAAUGUGACCCGCUUUGACCAGGGACCAUUCAGGUGUCGUGUGUCCAAUCCUGUCAGUACUGGUACCAGUGAUCCAGUAAACCUCUCCAUCAGCUAUGGCCCAGAAAAUAUCAAUUUGAUAUUAUCUCCGCCACAAGGAUACUUUGCUGUGGGGUCAGACAUCAGCCUCACCUGCUCAGUUGGAUCCAGACCUCCUGCUCAGUUUAAGUGGUUUCUGAAUGGAGAUCCACUGUCUGAUACUGGAUCAGAGCUCAGACUGAUGAAUGUUAACAUGAGUAACAGUGGAAACUACAGCUGUCAGGCCUCUAACAACAAAACUCUGAGCUCUCAAACAUCUGAGCCUUUAGCCAUCACUGUGCUGGAUUCAGAUGAACAGGUGAUGGCUAACCAACUGGACAGACGAGUGGUGGACAAGUAG